UUUAAGUCUGAACAGGAAUUAGGGUUUAUUCCAGUUAGGAGAGUUGAAAGAGACGACGAUGAAGCCUCUGUUGAAUACGCAAACUAAGCCCUAACCUUUAGUUGAUUCUUAGCUUUAUACGAACCAUUAAGAGGAGAGAAGUCGAAUUACCCUACUUCGCUGAGGCGAAUUUAAGGUGCGGAUCUCUGAGUCCGAUCAGGUGAUAAUGGUCUACCCUUGUGCAUGACACCGAUUGAUGGAUCUUGAAAGCAAGAAGUUUGGAAGAGGGCCUAGGGAACUUACAGGUGCUGUGGAUCUUAUAAAUCACUACAAGUUGUUGCCUCACCACGAAUUCUUCUGCAAGAGGUCACUUCCAUUGUCGAUUUCAGAUACACACUAUCUUCACAAUGUGGUUGGAGAUGCCGAAAUUAGGAAAGGAGAAGGGAUGCAAUUGGAUCAGCUCAUUCAGAAUACACCCUUUUUGAGAGAGACAAAUGCAGGCAUACGGCCCUUUGGCCUAGAUGUCCUCGGAGAAGCCUUUCAACUUAGAGAAACGGCUCCAGUUGAUCUGCCUCCUUCAGAGAAGGGGAUUCCUACUGUAGCUGGGAAAUCGAAAAGUGAGUCUAAGGACAAGGAGAAAAAGCAUAAAAAGCACAAGGAUAAAGACAGAGAAAAGGAUAAAGAGCAUAAGAAGCAUAGACAUCGUCAUAAAGAUCGGAGUAAAGAUAAAGAUAAGGAGAAAAAGAAGGAUAAAAGUGGCCAUCAUGACCCCAGUGCUGAAAACUCAAAGAAACAUCAUGAUAAGGUGUGGAUUUCAUUAUUUUCUUACAGAUGGUUUACUCUACAAAAUACAUAUUUUUUAGGAGAAUGGAGAAGUUUUGAAUAUCCAAAAGUUUAA